GGUGUCGCUAGUUGGCCAAUGACGUUUUAUUAUUGAUUGGAAUAUUCUCCAGUCGGCGAACGCCAUUUUGACUAGUGUAAAAAGGCAAAAAUAAUAGAAACAUUAAAAAUAAUCCGGGUUCAUCCGUCCCUCUAUAGCCUAAAAAGAAUUUAUUUCUUGUUAUUUGCGGAUAACCCAUUUGGACGGACCAAGAAAUAAGGUUCGUUCACUGGGUCUUGUAGAUCUAAAUGGUUGCGUGCAGACAGCAUGUCUACUUUGCCAGGGCAGGCCUCCAAGGGGGAGAAAACAAAAUCAAAGUUUCAAUCUUUGGAUAUAAAUAAUUUGUAUAGAGUGAGCAGGGGUGAAAAUUUAGAAAAACAACAGCAAAAAAGUUCAUCAGUCUACAUCAAACAUGGCAUGCAAUCACUCGGUAAAGUCCCAAAUGCUCGUCGGGCCCCAGCAAAUCUUCCAUCUUUGAAAGCAGAACACAGCGGAACAGACGCAGCAGUACCUUUAGUACCACCAGGAGCGCCAGGAUGGGGAAAGCAAGAUACAUCAGCCACUGGGACAUCUCAAUCACCCAACAACAAUCAUCAGACAGUUGCACAAUCUCAGGAUUCGAAUGUACCCCCACUGAAUGCCCCCAAUCAGACUGGAGUCUCACCACAACUCAGUUCACAUCAAGCUGCAAUUGCCCUUCCAGUAACGAACACUAUUCCCCCACAAACACACAAACAGUUAACCCCUACUGCACAGCCUGUGCCUACAGACAAACUAUGGAGUUCCGUCAUGACAGGACCCGAGUCUCAUCCUCCCCUAUAUCAGAGUGUACAAUUCCAACACGAAUUCCCCAGCUUGUCAUCUGGAGAUGGCGCCCCCACACGCACUGGUUCCGAUGCUCCCCAGUAUCCUUCAGGGCUCAGUCUAAGACCCCAAACAGAAGGCUCAUGGACACAAGGUGGACAAAGACCCAUGGGCCCGCCAGGUGUUACAGGUGGAGACGCAGCAGGUCAAGGCAGACCUGGCUCGGCCCACCUGGGUCCCCCACCACAGCUUUCGGCCCAGGCAGGCCACCAACAGCAACCUUUUCCACCGCAAAUACGAGGUGUGAUGCCUCCGUUUAUGUACAAAGGUAGUAAUUUCCAACCUGCAUCUGGAAUUGGUAUUCAAAAUCCUCAAACAAUGCCGCAACCGAAUAACGGGCGAGGUAAUAGACAGGUAGAUAACCGACCACCUCGUUUGGCGGAUAGAGAAACUGACGAAGUUGCCCCUAGGCCCAUAAUCCGAGAAGAAGAGCUGAGUCGUAUGGAUGAAAUGAGUAAGGACAUGGGUUGGGCAGAAUCAGACGAAAUUGAUUACAAUCAGAAACUGGCAUUCAGUGACGAUGAAGGUGAAAAAUCUUCCAAACGGGAACACAAAAAAAGUUCAAUGAAUAGGGAUCAUAGAGACGAUCGUGAAAGUCACAAUGCCGACAGUCAAAAUCGUCAAUGGAGUGGAGGCAUGAGGUCUAACGCUCCUAGAGGAAGAAACUCAGAAGAUGAAGAUAUCUGGGUGCAAAGACGUACCCAGCAAGACAAAGAAGUGGAAAUAGCCGUUCAAAGGGCGAAGCAGCGGAAAGAAGAGGAAGAAAAACGUUUUAACGAAGAAAGAAAACAAGCCGCUCAGAAAAAACUCAUGGAAUUGGAAGAAAAGAUUCAGAAGCGUGACAGAGAUAAUCACGAAGGGGUUGGUACAAUUAAUCCGAAUACGGUUCCAGCGAAACCUAUUAAUCAUGUAGAUAUUCCCUUACCUGACUUUCAGAAGGAUAAGGAACGGGAUAGAGAGCCGCCUAGAGAAAAAGAUUCCAGAUCUCGUACCCCUAACGAGUCAUCUGAUGAUAAGAAUCAAGCUUCAAAUCAAGGAAAUUCGUUUAGACAGUUAACUCAAAUUGAAGGGAAAAAUUUUCCUCCUAGAAAACAACAUGCAAAACCAGAGCGAGAUAAUCGGGAUAAUCGGGAGCAAAAUGGACCUAAUUUUUCUCGGCAAUUCCAAAAUGACCUCCCGCCUAGAUUCCGCAAUAACAGUAACUCAAACUUGCAAAACCACCAACAAUACCAUCAGCAAUCCUUUGAUAACCGCUGGAGUUCCGGCAAUUCCAGAACAAAAUCGCAAUCAAACAGUUCCCAUGGUUCAAUGCACAACCGUAAUAUAAGACAAGAUAGUCCAGAGAUUGAAAAAGAAGAUUUAGACAGAAAGGAGUAUAAACGACAAAGUUCUGAUGACAGCUACCGCAGUUCACAUCAUUCAGAACAAGAAAGGGAUUCUCAAGAUUCUCGUUACCACCAUUCUGAUAAUUCGGACAGUAGACAUCAGGAUUAUGAUAUGCAGUACUCCCGAAGAGAACAGGAACACGAUAAGUGGCACAAAGAAAAGAAUAUUCAGGACAACAAAAAACAAGAUGACCAAUCACAUCGUUCUAGUAACGAAGACUGGAGUGAAAGACCGGAGAAAGUUCGUGAAGAAAAAGUGGUUGAUAAAUACGAAAAAGAACGUGAAAGAGAUCGUCCCCAAAGGCCAGACAGCCGGGAUUCACGCGAUUCGCGCUCAACGCGUCAUUCUAGAGAUUCUGAACCACGCGAGUACAACAUGGGCUCAUGGUCAGAAUCGAUGUAUGAACAUCCAUACGAGGACAAAAGAAAAGAUUACAGUAGAGAGGAACGACGUUCUGUUCCUGGUCCUAUCACUAAAGAUCGCAUGGAAGCCGAUGAUAUGCGAAACGAAAAAAGGAACUUGACGCAGCUGAAGCGCGGUCAAGUGGUAGAAGUGAAAUCGGAGAUUAAAAAAGAACUUCCCACAAAAGUUAUUCCGUUGAAAAUGGAAUUUGCUAGCGCAUGGGCAGAUGCUCAACCUCUUGCACUGGAAGAAGCUGAAUCGAAAAUGACCGAAGACAAAAGACAGUCUGAGUCAAAAGUGGAGAUUAAGUCACCAGAGCAGUCCAAGAAAUCUGAUAAAACCGAUGACUAUAACCAAAAUCGUAAUAGAUCGUAUGGUCAAAAGAAAGGUUGGAACACGAACGAUAAUCAUUCUUCACGAGGGCCUCCCUGGCCGAGAAGGCCUUCUAGUCGUGGUCAGAAACCAGGAGGAAGGAACCAAGACUACCACACAGCAGAUUCUGACGGCUCUCUCGAAGACCACUCAGGGAAUUUAAAAGCGGACGACGGCAGAAAAGCUGAUACAACCAAACACGAAUUAAGCGAACAAAGAAGUCCAAAACCUGCGAGAAAAAAUGAAAAGGACGAACGCAAUCGCGAACACAAACAAGACAAAUACGGGAAUGAAAAACGACAAGAUAAACAAGAUCGAAAAGAUAAUAAUUACGUUCCACGAGGUGAGCCAUCAAGGCACGGCCGGGGUGGGGGUAAUUUUAGAAGCGGAAGAAUGGGAGGCUUGAGUAAAAGAAUCGACGGGUAUGGGCCGCCCCCUACGAAGAGUCCAUUUGGAGGCCAUCAAGAUGAGAGGGAAAAGGACAAGAAAUCUGUUGAGGAUAGUUCUACUCCCGAAAAUGUAAAUCCUGUAGAGGACAAAAUUAAGCAGAAUCAACAAGCGCUGGCUGCUGGAAUAAUUGGUAAACGUAGCGAAUCCCCUCCUACCCCAGAGGAAAGAAAUAGAGAAAUGAGAGAUAAUAGGGAUGGAAAACCAAGAAACAAGACAGAUAAUCGCAAGAACAAACCGAAAGUGGAAGAAAAGCUUUCCGAUUCAAACGCUGAGGGUUCUGAUGACAAAAACAAAGAUAAUCGUAAGAAUCCGCUUAAACUUCAAGGUAACAGAUCUUCGUCUAAUUCUAACCGCGGAAGGAAUAAUCCUCCGCGUAUGGGAGGAGAGAAGAGGUACGAAGGCGGCCGUGGAGAACACAUGAGACAAAAUUCAAACAACUCUCUUAAAAAAGACGAUAAGCCCGUCGAACAUAACUUGUUUGCUAAUGCUCUAGCGGAUAUCGCGCCCAAGAAUCGCGAUGAACCUGAUCACGCCGAAGAAAAAGAAGAAAGGGUGUCUGUGAAUGGCGAUGCGGAAGGAUUCCAAGAGGUUAAGAGCAAGAAAAACGUAAAGGAGCGUCAAAAAUCGUUCGACGAAAAAUCAUCCAAACCGCUUAAAACCGAAAACGUUAAAGAUGUCAAACCUGAAAGAGAAAGGGAAAGGGAAAGAGAUCGCGAUAGGGAACGAGACCGGGAUCGCAAGAAGAUCAGUCCACCUACGCAGCAAUUGACUCAGCAGCAAAUCAGUAACAUUCCACCUUUGAUGGCCACACCAGUGAAUCCCCCGCCGGUUCUACCUCAGGCCAAAGCUCAAUUUGAUCGACCAAGACAGACCAAUCUCCCGCCGAGAUUCGCUAAACAGAAGUUGCAGAAGCAGCAACAACAGAAACAGCAGCAACAACAACAGCAACAUCAUGGCUUGGGAGACGUCAAUGAUAUAAACAAAAUGAACCAAAACAUGAACGUUUACAGUAUGAAAGAGGCCAGUGUGCCGCCUGCGGUGCCGACGUGCGCGUGGGAUAAACCUUUGGGUUCCCAAUUGAGAAACGUGGAACACGACGCUAUGCUAGGUGUAACCAUAGAUGGAGUCAAAGGAUUGGAGUCAACGCAUUCUCCCACUCAAGGUGUUAGCCCUGGUGGUGAAAAGGUAAUUGGGAAGACAACCCAAAUCCAAGAGAAAGCCCUCCUAGAUGGUAGUACUCCGCCGGUGAACACAAUCAUCUUUGAAAAUACAAACUUUAAGUCGGCUCCGGGUGCUCGCCAGGUGAGAAACGAUAAGCCCCGUCCUAAAAUGGAAGAAGGCAACAUGGACCCGUCGGUAAUGUCCGGUUUCAACAAACCUAACAUGAACGAACUCCUGCCACAGAAAGCCGAAAAAACAGACGCUAUACAACUGCCCCUGUUCAAAGAGGACCCCCCAGAUAUGAAGUUGGACUUUUUCAGUGCGGAUCUUCAAUUUGCCGAUGAUAAAGCGGCGAAGAACUUCGUGUCGAAGUCUCUCCAUGCGAUAACCAGCGGAAACAACACGGUCGAUAGUUUGGACAUCAAAAUUGCCUCAGUUAAGAAAGUCUGGGAGACCUCGGAGCAGGAGGGCGAAGACAGUCAGAUCAGUUUUGGUGGCCCGCCACUCGAUACUAACGUCUUCAACCAAGGAAAAGACACGCCAGAUGAUAAUCACGAAGGUUAUAGUCCUUCGCCCAAUCAGAGCGCAGCAACUACUAAUGUAUGUAAGGUGAAGCCUACACAGCAGGUAUCUGGAAGCGGACAGACUGUAUUAAGCUCUUCCGGUCACCAGCCCCAUUCUGGAAUUGUUGCUACAGGCUUGAUGGGCAACCCCCUAUCUCCCCCACCCAUACCACCGGUUUUAGGCGCCAGUGUUGGUAUGGGGCCUCAGUAUACAGCCAAUCAGCAUAUUAGCUACCAGGCCAGUCUCUCAGGAAACACACAAUACGGCAUCUCAGCCAUCCCCUCCCCUCCCACAGUUCCGCUAGUGUAUAAUUCCACGCAACAGAUUCAAGCUGCUGCUGCACAGACCGCUGGUCUAUACGGGGCGUUCCAAAUAGAUCAAUUGGGCGGUCAGGGACGCUCCCAAUUCUCCCAAUAUCCCAAUUAUCACAGUCUCGGCCAGACGGCAAAUAGCCCAUAUUCGACACAGAGCGUAUAUUUGCCCACCGCCGCUCCUCCUCCCCAUCCCCCACCACCCACCGCCCCAGGACCGCCAGAAUUGUACCCGAAUAUGAGCAACUACAGGUUGAGUGCUACUUUCGGCCAGACUCAACCGCUCAACAACCCAACUACAGUUCUGAUCAGUUCGACUAGUAACAGCUUGAUGUCGGCUUCUGUUAAACCGAGCAGUCAGCCCAUCAGCGCUAUAGGAACUAAAGCUGGUGGAGUCGGUCAGGCAUACCAGCAGCAAUCUCAGCAGAGCCAGCAGGUGUUCAUACCCUAUGAUCCGUCGAUACAGGCCAAUUAUUUAGCAUCUAGUGCAGGUGUGAUGCAGCGGGCCCCCGUACCGCCGGCUCAGAACAACGUGGUACCCGGUCUGCAACCUUCCUCAUCGUUUUACUCCGGAUCUACAGGCGCCCAAACAGGCUAUUAUCAACAACCGGGCAGUUCCACCAUGGGCUCCGCGCAGCUCCAGCAACACCAAGCUGGCUAUGGUCUUCAAGGAAACGUGUUCGGUACUCACAGCCAAUCGCACACCAACACCGGUUUGCAAAACUUCAACUCCCACUCCCAUUUUCUGACGACUCCCAUUCAAGUAGCUGCCGCCUUGACUGCACAGCAGCAGUUUCGGUCCGGCUUGCCGGCGUACAUGAAGGGCGUCGGCAACCAGCCUUUAGGAGACCAGACAGGGAGGCCUCAGCAAUUGAAGAGUCCUAGCAGCCAAGAGGUGCUAUCUUCGGUUUUUAAUUCAGGACCUCAGAUUCCGUCUCCAAAAUCUAGACAGAACAACAAACAUCCUCCUCCGCAGUCGAGUCCUACAGCACAGCACAAAUACAACUUGUACCAAGGAGUCGGCGGUCAACAAAAUCCUAAUAUGCAGAGGUAUCCAGCACCAAUCCAGAGACCAGUAAACUUCCAACAAAUGCAGCAAACCAAUUCUGUGAAUCAGAAACAUAGAAGCAAUUCCAACAAAACACCAAACCGACAGUAUUAUGGAAAUCAAAAAAAAAUGUUUCAGACCAAAACGAAAAGUCUGACGACGGAAAAAUAACCGAAAACGCAUCUCUCAACAGCAACAAUUCGUCUGGAGGUGGAAAGGCCACUCUAGGCGCCAACACCGGCAGCUCUGUCAACGUUCCAACCGAAAAGGUAAAGGACAACAUAAAGGAAGAAACUGCUGCGUUGAAAGACUAAACAAUCUUCCUUUUGUUUUGAUUUUAAUUAAGUUAAGUUCCAAAAACUACCUUGGGUCAGCCCUUAGAGACGUUUUUCGAUGUAGCGAUGAACUUUUAGGAAGAGUGAAAAGUGCGCGUUUUUUUUUCAUUAAUUUUUCUAGCGUGUAGCGAUAAAAUAAUGACUCAAAUAAUUUUAAUUUGCAAUUGAAAUAGUGUUAAUUAGAUGUGAUGUAUUUGGAAGCUUAGUUUAAGUCUCUAUUGGCUGGCUUGAGACAAGUAAAAACUGAAUUUUGUGUUUAAUGAUCUUUUAAUAAUUAUUUUGUGGAAGUAAACGUAUAUAUUUCUGUUAGUAAACGUAAAACCAUUAUUUUUGUACCUCCCCUGCUUCACCUUUCUACAAUUUAGUAAAUAAUAACCAACUGCUUGUCUAGACCGAAACGUUAAAUGUGGCAACACUAUCGGCGUGUCAAAUUGACCAAAUUAGUGACAUGCCUAGUUUUUUUAUUAAAUUAAAUUAAAGAAAACCUGAAAUCAAUAACAUGCUCUUCUCUGUUGGAAGCAUGAAUGAUAGAACAAUGUGGUACUGAUACACUUACAAGCAUCACUAUCUGUUUAAGAAUAAUAUGUUUCAAAUAUAGGCGCGAAAAGAAGCCUGUAUGUUGUCUUUUUAAUUUUGCAUAUAGCAGUAAAGACACAAAAAAAUAUAAAGUACUUUAUUGCUUUUCAAAAUAUUUCUGACCAAGAUCGAUACAUUUUUGCCUAUGUUCAAACAGUUAUUUAAGUCUUCAGUUGACACUUACAAAAUCGCUGUUUUAAAGACAUGAUGGCUUCUUCUGGCGAUUGGAGUCGCUGCCCAAGCAUUGAAUUCUUGAUCUUUGGGAACGUGAAGAAGUCGUUGGGGCUUAGGUGGGGGCUAUACAGUGGACGAUUUAACAAUUCGAUGUUUUGAAGCUCCAAAAACUUUACCACAGUACAGAUUGCCAUGGUGGUCGCCAACAUCCGAAACGGAUAGGCACUACAAGAAAUAGAAAAAAUACUCUAUUGUCUUUUAGGCAGUGUGAGCACUAGAAUUGUUCUUGAUGCCGUUCGCCGUUGUGUGUUGCUUUGUCCGAGUUAAGCGAUAACUUCUGGUAAACAAACGGUUAUAUACCAAUCAGUAAUCACUCUUCGAUCUUCUAAAGCAAUUGUUGCCACAUGACCAGAUUUCGACACAAAAGUUGCAACUAUUUUCUUUGACACACUUCGAGAAAUGAUCACUUUUGAUGGUUUUUCCUCAUCGUGAAACACCCACACCGCGGAUUGGUGUUUAUUUUCCGGUUCGUAGGAGUAAAUCCAAGAUUCAUCGUCACUAACAAUACUAUAAACGUUUUUUGAGCUUCCUUUGUUGAAUCGUUCCAAUGUUUUUCGACACCAAUUGACGCGAACCGCUUUUUGCUCUGGUCCACCAUUGCCUGGUCCCAAGCCCAGGAUGAGAAAGGAGGAGGGUUGUGCGUGAGGUUAGCAACCUCACCACAUAAAAAAUAAUAUUGCUAAAGAAACCUCUACAAGCCUCGGAAAUAGGACGGAUAACGCGAUGACGAAAAUGGCCACGGAAAUGGAUUUGAGAAAAACAACGUACAUAGGAUGUUGGAAUGUCCGAACAAUGUUUGAAACAAGUAAAACACAUCAAGUGGCAAAACAAGCCCUGGAUUACCAACCAACUGGAAAAAGAAAACAAGGCAGACCAAUAACAUCCUGGAAAAGAAAUAUUACCAGAGAGCUAGAAGACAAUGGGUUAACAUGGAAAGAAGUGAAAGCCCUGGCCAGAAACAGAGAUGAAUGGAGGGGGACUGUAGAGGCCCUAUGUUCCAAAUGGAAUCAAGAGGAGUAAAGUAAGUAAGUAAGGAGUAAAUCCAAGAUUCAUCGUCACUAACAAUACUAUAAACGUUUUUUGAACUUCCUUUGUUGAAGCGUUCCAACGUUUUUCGACACCAAUUGACGCGAACCGCUUUUUGCUCUUCUGUGAAACGGGAAACCAACUUCAUAACUCCUAGUUCUUCAUGUAGGAUCUUUUGGAUCGAUGUCUUUGAAAUGUUCAAAGAUGCCUAUAUCUCCUGGUAUGUUACACGGCGGUCAUCCUUAAUUAGCUGACUAACCGCAUCAAUGUUUUGCUGUGUGGCUGCUCUUUUGGGUGGACCUGGACUGGAUUCGUCCCUGAGACUGGAACGACCACGUCGAAAUUCGCAAUACCAGCAGGAAAUAGUUGACUGGUGUGAUGCACAAGGAUCUACAGACCGAGCGAGUUCUAUAAAUUCCACGGCUUCGCGCUAUGCUUCACGCAACCGUACUUGCGUACUUGUGUUUCGAAUUGUGUGGUCGAGUGGAGUAAGAAUUUGUCAAAUUUAAAUAUAAUCGUUUCUACUGAUUCAUAUUUAUACUAAUAUAAUAUAAUAUAUUAAAGUUUUUAGUAUUGCUAAUAUUAAAGUUUUUAACAUUGUUUUUUAAUGUAAUUUUUUUCCAUUAAUAAUUAUAUUACCUAAGUACCUAUACUAAAUUUACAAUCAAGAUGCAGUAGAAAUAAACAAACCAAGACACGUUAAAUGCCACUAGGAGCACUCCCGAAUCAUAAUUUACAAUGUAUAUACAUUGUAAAUCCCAAAUCAUGAAGUUUAUACAUUGUAAAUUAUGAUUCGGGAGUGCUCCUAAUAGUAGCAUUUAACGUGUCUUGGUUUGUUUAUUUCUACUCCAUCUUGAUUGUAAAUUUAGUAUAAUUAAAUAUUGCACCUUGCUCAAAAAAAUAUGAGAUAAAUACCGCGGUUUUUUAUAUGAAAAUGCAAAGCAAAAUAUACAAUUUGCAGAGUAAGUUCUUGUUUUUUUUUUUUAAUAAGAUAAUACAAAUUGUAUGAGAGUACCUACCUAUAGUUCAUCCGCUAUAACUUUUCCCAUGCGGUACGAUUCAUUUUCAAUCAAAUUAAGUCAAAACAUAAAUUGAAACGAACGUCGAUGUGUAUAUACAUUUUGUAUACUGUAUACUAUAUACUAAACACAUCGGCGUACGUUUCAUUUUCUGUUUCGACUUAAUUUGAUUGAAAAUGAAUUGUACCGCAUGGGAAAAGUUAUAGCGGACGGACUAUAUAGUAGCUACGCCACCUGAGACACGAAAAGGAUGAAAUUAAUUCUAUUUUUUUUAUGGAGAGUUUUUUAAAAUAGGUAACAUCAUUACAAAAUAUUUUGUUAUUAAUACAAGUAAUUGUUUGUUAUUAUUUACUGAGCCUUUAUAAUUUUGACUAAGCAAUUUUAUAAACUACUACAUAUUUGGAAAAUAGCAUUUAAAAAAAUACUGUAUUUUUUAUUUAUAAUACAAAAUAUUAUUAUUCAUUUUCUACUUAAGUACACAAAAAAACUAUGAAACUAAAACAAGAGUUUAAAUUAUAAACACAAAACUAAAUACAUAAUUUCCCACAACAGUCAAAAACCACACUUAAAAUUUUUUAAUAAUUCACACCACAGAAUAUCAGUUACGCAAAUAUUCAAACAGAAUCAACAACCAAACACCUAACGUAGUCACAAGUACGAUUGCGCGAAGCCGUGGAAUUUACUAACUCACUCAGUCUCUAGAUCUAAGUGUGUGAUGCUUCAUUCCCAAAUACAGAAACCAUUUCAACGAGACAUUGCUGUUGGGAUAAUCAUCUCCGAAAAUUAUAAAAAAUGUUGCUCGAUAAUGUUCUCUGCUAAGUUCCAUUUUCCGACGGACUUGCUAAUUCAAAAAUUACCGUAUGUGCACGACUUGUAUCGCAAUGAAGCUCUCGAUUUAUGUCAAGAAAAGAUUGAGGUUACAUUUGCGCCCUCUAAGCGACUAGAUGCUAAAGUAAAAAGACAACUUUCUUCCUAGAAUUUGUUAGGCCGACCCCUCACUGUCAGGUACACCUGAACAGAUAGAUCUGUCGGAUAUAUCAUCAGGUACACCUGACAGGUCUAACUGUUCAGGUGUACCUGAUAGUGAGUAGCCGACUUUAAGCUUUACCUAAAGUGUUGCCAAAUUUCAGCGUUUCGAUCUAGAGUAGAAGUAAAGAAGGCUAUGAUUAAAUUGGAAAUGGUCUAUGAGGAGGCAACCAACAUCACACUACCUAGAUAAUGUAAUGUUGGUUGCCUGUCAACAUUUCUGCAUUGAUAAAGACAUUCAUCUUCAGUUGGAGGAAGAAUUCCCUGGAAUAUACAGGUUUUUGAUUUAAAGGAUAGAAGUCUAUCUAAAAAAUAUUUAAGAAUGUGAAACUGACCAGUGAUUAGCAAAAUGAUAUUGCAGAACACGGUCAAACUUGUAAAUAUUAGGUACAAAACUCGUUUAAAGCAAAUAUGUACUAAAAGCUGUUUUAUAUCGUUAUUUUUAAGCUGCAAAUUGAUGCUGCCGAAAAAAGCCAGCGUCGUCGACAAAGGGUAGGCUAUCCCUUAAAAUAUAAAUAAUAUUCGGCAAUGUUUUAAUAUAUUUUUGAUAUAAUUCCGUGCAAUCUUAAUGGUUUUACGUUUACAUCAUUUUGGAUUAAUUUGGUGCUGUAUGUAAUGUAAACUUAAACAAAAUUUCUCAAAAUGCGUAUAUAAAGUACUAUCGCGAUAUUAGAUUUACGAAAAAAACGCUUGAUGGAAUUGAACAUUUUUUGUAUUGUACAGUUUGUGUUUCACUCAAAGUCUUUACACCAUUUUUUUUAUUUUUAUAUCUGUUAGUAAUGUAGUAAUGUAAAUUUGCAACAUGAACUAUUAGCAUUCGGGUUAUUGCUCUAUUUAUUGUUUAGAAAAUAAAUUAUUCAUACAUAGA